GGCAGCUUGGGUUGAAACAUUUAGGAUGAGGGUGGAUAUUGGGAGCUCGGGGUGAGGAGUCCGAUGCUGCGCUUUUCGUCGAGCUUGGCAACGUGGAGACGUUUCCUCACCGGUCGAGGGUUUGGACACCGUAGGAAAAUGCACGUUACUCAGUGCAACUCAAACUAUGACAACAAUCGAAUCAUUUCAGUCAAAGGUGUUUGCGGUUGUUGUGGAGCUCUGCGUCCAAGAUACAAGAGGCUAGUGGACAAUAUCUUCCCUGAGGACUCUGAGGAUGGGCUGGUAAAAGCCAACAUGGAGAAGCUGACAUUCUACGCCCUCUCAGCUCCAGAGAAGCUGGACCGAAUUGGUGCCUAUCUUGCAGAGAGACUUAGUAGAGAUGUUGCUAGGCACCGAUAUGGCUAUGUGUGUAUUGCCAUGGAGGCUCUGGAUCAACUUCUGAUGGCCUGUCACUGCCAAAGCAUCAACUUGUUUGUAGAGAGUUUCCUCAAGAUGGUGGCCAAGCUUCUUGAGUCUGAUAAGGCAGCUUUACAGAUCUUGGGAACCAAUUCGUUCAUAAAGUUUGCAAAUAUCGAAGAAGACACCCCAUCGUAUCACCGAAGCUAUGACUUCUUUGUGUGUCGGUUCAGUGAAAUGUGUCACUCAGGAAAUGAUGAUGUAACUGACAGGACCAAAAUCCGUAUGUCGGGUAUAAAGGGUUUACAGGGAGUGGUAAGGAAGACUGUCAAUGAUGAACUGCAAGCCAAUAUCUGGGAACCACAGCACAUGGAUAAGAUCGUCCCUUCACUGCUCUUCAAUCUACAACAGGUGGAGGAAGCCGACAGUCGAUCUCCAUCGCCACUGCAGGCAACUGAGAAGGAGAAGCAGAGUCCAGCAGCAUUGGCAGAAGGCUGUCUCCGGGAGCUGCUGGGCAGAGCUGCCUACGGUAGCAUCAAGAAUGCCAUCAAGCCUGUUUUAAUGCACCUCGACAAUCAUUCACUGUGGGAGCCAAAGCUGUUUGCGAUACAUUGCUUCAAGAUCAUCAUGUAUUCUGUGCAGUCACAGCAUUCCCAUCUGGUUAUACAGCAGCUGGUAGGACAUCUGGAUGCCAACAGUAAGAGUGCUGCUAAAGUGCGCACUGGCAUUGUGGAGGUACUGUCCGAGUCAGCAGUGAUUGCAGCAGGAGGCUCUGUAGGACCCACAGUGCUGGAGGUGUUCAACACACUUCUCCGACACCUGCGCCUCAGCAUUGACUAUGAAGUGACAGGCAAGUGUGGUUCCAUCACUAACGUCAGCAACCAGAUCAUCAAGGAGCAUGAAGAGCGGCUGUUUCAGGAGGCUGUCAUCAAGACCAUCGGUGCUUUUGCCAAUACUUUGCCUGCUUAUCAAAGGUCAGAAGUCAUGCUGUUCAUCAUGGGGAAGGUCCCACUACCUGUGGUUCACCAGGCCUUGGGCCUGCAAACACUAAGGGAUGAUGCAAACCGUAUGAUUCAGAUGAUGCUGCUGAAGUCUCUUCUCCAGGUGACAAUUGGGUUUCAGAGCAAGAAUCUGUUAGCGACCUUGCCCUCCUCCUUCUUGGAGUCUCUUCUGUCUACAGCAUUAAUGGAGGAUGCUGAACUUCGACUCCUUGUUAUCGAGAUCCUCCUCAGUCUGAUUGACCGUCAGGAAAACAGGCACAAGUUCUCUCAUGUCAGUAUUAUUUCCGAUAUCUCUUCCCUGAUGCUGAAGGUAGACAAAUGCUCUCGGCAGGAUACGCUCUUCAUGAAGAAGCACUCGCAGACCUUGUACAGGUAUAUUUACAUGAGCUGUAAACAGCAUAAUAACUCACACACCCACUACGAUGCCAUCUAUGCCAUGCUUGCCCUUAUCAGUGUGGAGCUUGCCAAUGAGGAGGUGGUGGUGGACUUAAUCCGUGUGGUACUGGCUCUCCAGGAACUUUGCCUCAACAAUGAAGACAACCUCCCUGUGUGGAGCCGCUGUGCCAUCCAUGCCCUAGCCUCUGCCUACCUGAACUUCAUCAGCCAACUCACCACCCUGCCAGCCUUCUGCCAGAAUAUCCAACAGGUGAUUGAGACGCGUCAAAAAGAAGCUCCAUACCUAUUACCUGACGGAAUCUUUGAGUCCAAAAACAGCAUUCCCCAGUCCUUGGAUAAAUUGGAGAAGGAGAUGCUAUUUUUGCAGAGUGAAAUCAGUGAGGUUCUUGCAGGGAGUGGUUACAGCUCUGAAAGACUGGGAAUCCCCUACAUACCCCAGUUCACAGAUGAAGACCGAUUAUCGAAGAGGAAGAGCAUUGGUGACACCAUCUCUCUGCAAGUGCAAGUGGAGUCUCGCAAUAGUCCGCAAAAGGAAGAGAAGAUGCCAGCUGAGGAAAUCACCUAUGAAAUACUGAAGAAAGCAAUAGAAGAUGGUGGAGCAGUGGAGGAACAGGAGAGAGAAAGGAGGCGGUUGGUGGUGGAGAAGUUUCAGAAGGCACCAUUUGAAGAGAUUGCAGCACACUGUGGAGCGAGGGCGACUAUUCUGCAGAAUAAGCUGAAUCAAAUCUUUGAGAUUACAAUCAGGCCUCCCCCCAGCCCUUCGGGCACCAUUACUGCAGGCUACGGCCAGACACAACCCCGCUCCGUGCCUGUGUAUGAGAUGAAGUUCCCAGACCUUUGUGUCUACUAGAAGAGUGUAUCACAGAGAAAUUCUGGGCUCAUCUCUCACCCCAGGAACUGGGACAACAAAAUCAAGAUAUCACAUUGACCAUGCCACAGAAUGCCCGGCAUCGCCCAGCUGCUGUCUCCAUCAGAAUGAACAUCGCGGCCCUCCUCUAUUUGGCUUGGUAGACUUUCUUAUGAGUCGUGUGUGUCAUUGUGCUGUCCGUGCUUUCCUGAGGUCACAGAUAGGUUUCACUGUAGCCUGCGCUUUCCUGUGGUGUGAGUGUGAAGCACCAUGACAGACAACGGUGGAGGAGCUUGUAUCUUCUACCCAUAACGUCCAUGGCCACUGGACACCAACUGCCCCGGCAUCGGCCCCUCAAAAUCCUCGUUGGGUGGGGCCACAACGGUCUUAGUUUGGAGUUGGGGUAAGAAAAAGGAUGGAUCAGUCUGUUUAAUAUUCAGACUAACUGUCAGCUAAGCAGUGGCCCUAGGAAUUUGCUUACCCUCUUGCCACCCUUUUGGAGAAUUCCUUUCUCCUGAUGUUAUCUGAUCUCUCGAGCGUCAGUGCAGGAGGAAGCUCUGAGAAAAUCCAGGCAAGCAGAAGUGGGGAGUUGAGUGGUGUGGGGAUAGGCUUGGCUUAGUCUUCGUUUUGGUGCAGGACGUGCUACCAAUGCUUCAAUUUAAUAUCAGUUUCCACUCAUCAUGCAGAAAUACUAGAAAUCAGAAAUAAAUCCAGAGCCCGCUGCAAACACUCACCAGGUCAGGCAGCAUCUGAGCGGUGAGAUUCAGUUAACAUUUCAGGUGGAAAAGCCUCUGACAGGCAGACCUCAAGCUGAAAAGGUUGAAUUUCUCCCUCCCCAGAUGCUGACUGACCUGAUGAGUGUUUUAUUUUGUUAGUUAUCUAUCUUCUCCAUAUUACGUCAGUUCCUGUAUACAAAGCCAAGGAAUUUCUGUAGUCCCUGUGCUCAGUAGCAGAGUUUGUCUCACAGG